AUGCAGUACGGUCUGCUGGCAAGAAUCAUCAAGGACAAGGGAGACCCGGAGGCCGAUGAUGAUUGCCGCAUGUUUUUCAACAUCAGCCCCCCGUCGAGCACAUUUGUCUGCGGCGCCCAGGGCUCCGGAAAGAGCCACACCCUGUCCUGCAUCCUAGAGAACUGUCUGAUCACGUCCAAGGCAGGGAACCUACUCGAUCCCUUGACGGGGCUCAAUCCCUUUACGGGGCUGGUAUUUCACUACGAUGCAUUCAUCAUUGAUAGGAUCGGCUUACCAUGCGAAGCGGCAUUUCUCUCUUCGCACGACAACGUCGAGGUAAGUGUACUGUGUUCGCGGACGAAUUUGCACACAAUCAAGUGCUCGUACUCGCGAUUCGACAUCGAGGUGGCUGCCUUGCAGGUCGAUCAGUGCAAUCUGAACACGCAGCGGAUGAACCGAUUCGAUUAG